AAGGUCUACAAGAGCACAUCAAGUUAUUUUGCGCGCACUUAUCUUCGAACAGUGAAGAUGGACCUUUCUUUGAAUAAGUUGCAGACACUGGAAAGCGUGUCGUAGAAUCCAAGUCUAGCACCACUGGUCCAAAAGUUGGUAAUCCAAGUACCAGAAUAUGGUCUUAGUCCUCUUGGGCAUGGGAUUUUGUGGAGUCGACAUCCUUCAGGUCAUAUUUCUAUGCCACAACAAGGAAUCCAACAGUGGCAAGAUGUACACCAGCGCCUAGUCCACUGCAGGUCUUUCCAGUUAAUUCGCAACAAUCAUUAUGAGACUUAUGAGCAGGGUAGCCUUCUGACUCCCAGUGAUGCCAUCACAUUGAUUCUCAACAUCAUCAUUAACACAGGAAUACCUGUGGUGGCAUUCUCUGUGAAUUAUAGGCGAGGGGUAGGAGCAGACUACCUUGUCACUGAACGCAUCAAUGCAAACCUGCAGCAAUCAGAGUUCAUCACUGCAUGGUCCAAUCUCCAGGAGCUCGGUCUCAAUUUUACAAUGGAACGAACAUUGAUUGUUGACUGGGCUUUCCAGCUCAUUCAACACGCAAAAAAUCUACAAAAGCUUCAAAUCGAUUUUGAUCAUGGCGACGAAACAAAUUCCUUUAUCAACCGCCUAUCGUAUGCGGAUUGUCUGUCUCACCUAAAAGAACUAACGCUCAAAGCUACAUCAGUAUCCAGUGAACACAUCAGGCGUUUCCUCCGCUAUCAUCAAAACCUCCGCAAACUUUCCCUUCGUGCUAUAGUCCUGGAGAAUGUCUUCCCAUUCUCAGAUUCCUACAGCAUGAAUCCCCCACACUUGAAGAAAUUGAAAUUUUCCACCUAAGAGACGGACGCAAACUCGUUCAUUUUCCAGGAGUGUCAGCAAAUCCUAUUAUCGAUGAGGCACAAGGCACAAAGUUGUUUGAAAUUUUGAAUACGCUAAAUGCUCGCGAAGUAAACAAAAACAUACAACAGCCGGGAUUCGCUGGUGGUCACCCACCCAACUACUAACCGGCCGGCGUGUGGCUUAAGUACGGCUGAGCGGACGAAGGGAUUUUAUAUACUCUGUAGCCAGAACUAAGAUGCAGACA